GAAGAGAGAAGGAAUUUUGCCUCAGCUUUUGUCUCGGGCUGCAGUAAUACACAUACACACGCGAUGGUCAGCAUGACAAGCUCACACACCAUGCAGUAUAUCGGACUUCUGCUGCUGGCUGCAAUCCUCCUGCAAACAAUAGCCGUGGCUGUAACUUUCAUUUACUUCAGCAACGUCUUGUCGACGAUGAAAGAGACGUUCUCCAAGAGCAGCGUGUCUUGUCUUAUGCGGGCCAACCUCAGGACUAUUAAGGGUCAGGAGCUGAACGGGGCGGAGGGCAAGGACGACCCCUGCUGGCAGGUCACGCAGCAGCUCCACUUUCUGAUUGAAAAGUCAAUGUCCAGUCGAUAUCAGAAAGAAAUUACAUCUGCUGUCAAAGAUGAAGUCUCUCGUGUUCUUCCCUCACUGGUGAUCCAAGAUCAAGAGGAUUCCUCUCGGCCUAAGAUUGCAGCCCAUGUGACUGGGAGUUAUACACCAGAAUCAGAAAAAGACGGAGCAGGUCUACCAAACAGGAAGGUCUACGGACAGAAGAUCCAGUCUUGGGAGUCCGAAAAAGGUCUGGCUUUUCUCCAGAACGUGGAGUUAAGUGACGGAGAAUUGGUGGUACCUCAGGCUGGCCUUUAUUAUAUCUACUCGCAAACGUAUUUUCGUCAUACGCUGAUCGAGGAAGACGAAAGUGCUCGCGAGGAUGAGUACGGCUCGAUGGGCGAAUCGGUUCGAGGGAAACCGAUGUUGCAGUAUGUUUAUAAAAAAGUAAGCUCCUAUCAGGUGCCGAUUCUGCUAAUGAAGAAUGCUCGGACGACAUGUUGGUCACGUGACUCCGAAUACGGCCUUUAUUCGAUCUACCAAGCUGGGCUUUUUCAACUCGGAAGUGGAGAUCGAGUGUUUGUGACAGUCAGCAACGUAAGCACAAUUGACAUGGAUGAGAAGUCAAGCUUCUUCGGAGCAUUUCUGGUGAGCUAGUCAGUAACUAAACGCACUGGAUGAUUUGUUUCGAGAGCCAAUAUGAGGAACAAGACUCGGCUUGCUUGGUAUUUCUACCUGAGAAUUCUUUGGAAUGGCUGCCAGGCACCUUAAAACAUUUGGACACACUUGCCGAGUUUGGUCUCUUGCCAAAACAGUUGAACCUUGAUUGAUGAGAGCUCAGAAAGGUGCAAAUAUUUGGCGCUUUUUUAGCGUAUGGCCAGCGGAUCUGAUUGUAAAUCAGUUCCUUGGUGAAAUGUGUUGGAGCUCAAAUUCAGUGUGUCUGCCUGGAAGGGGCGACGAUAUAAAGCGAGGGGCUUGCCAAGUCAUUUUGGAAGCGAGUUUGUUGGACAAGAUGCGUUUGUUGUCCGGGCAGGAAAAAGGAAAGCGUGAUUCUUCACGCCUGUGGAAGACCUGUUUGUGUCUCUUCUCUUUGAACAUGCGACCUGUAUCGCUUUUUAACAAUUGAAAGACUGAUUGUAAUGUUGAAAUGCGGUUGGAGAGAUUUAGACAAAACUUUGUGUUAUAUAAAUCAAACCUUGAUUGUUUUGCUGACAUAUUGCGAGUGUCACUUUCAGCACUAAUGUGUUUAUAUGACAUAAUUCAUUCCUAAAGCAUGAAUCUUGUACAUUGACCUAAAUGUGAAGAUCACUGUGACUUUGUAAAAUGGUAAAUUGUUUUGUAUAUAAUGUCUAUUGUAUAUAUUUUUUACCAGCGUUAAAUGUGGGAAUAUCCACUCACUUCAGAUAACUUUCAGUACUUUCCACAUUUUCAUUUGUUCUUUGUAAUGUUUUAUAUUUUUUGUAACAUUUUAAUCUGAAACUGACUUUCAGUUUAGCAUGACUAUGUACGUUAUAUGUUUAUUUCCCUGGCCAAUUUUUUUCCUACAUUAAACAAAUAUGUAAUUUUGUUAAAA